AUGAUUCGACAAAAACUCUGUGAAAUACUUGAUCCACCUACUUCACUAGGAAAUGAUUGGCGUAUGUUUGCAAGUAAUUUACUUGGAAUCAAUUAUUUGCAAUAUUUUGCUACAAAAACAAGUCCAACUGAACAUUUAUUAACAUUAUGGGAUGCUCGACAAGAAUCACUUGUUAACAUGAUUAAUGUACUUAAUCAAAUAGGUCGUAGUGAUGCUGCCUGUAUUAUUAUAACACAUAUGAAUAUAACAUAUUGA